UUUCUUCAAGGAAGCUGACAUUCCGAUCAUGAAGAAGAACGAUGAUCCGAUGCCGGCGGAGUGGGCGCACCACCUCACGUUUGCCCUGAAUGGACGCAAGGUAGUCGUGGACGGGAACACGCUCCCCCGCUUCAAUGACCUUCGACUGAUCGACUACAUCCGCGACCAUGCCGGUCUCACGGGAACGAAACUCGCGUGCGGGGAAGGGGGUUGCGGUGCGUGCACUGUCGUGUUGUGUCAUCGGGUGACGCCGUCGUCUCCGCUUGUCCAUCGAUCUGUGAACGCAUGCUUGAUCCCCCUAGCGUCCAUUGACGGCAUGGCGGUGCUCACGGUCGAAGGGGUCGGCAGCACCAAGCACCGGUUGCACCCGAUCCAAUCCAAGAUGGUCGACAACUACAGCAUGCAGUGUGGGUAUUGCACUCCGGGUUGGGUCAUGAACAUGUACGAGCUUCUGCACACAUCGGACUCGUCUUCGUUGACGAAGGACACGAUCGAAAACCACUUUGACGGCAACUUGUGUCGGUGCACGGGGUACCGUCCAAUCCUCAAGGCCAUGCAUUCGUUUGGGAUCGACGGACCUGCUCCACAGCUCGAGUACGAAUCAUCCUACGAUGACGUUCCCUUCGUCGAUGCGGACGAGCCCGAGUUUGAGUUUGUCGAUCGAGUUCGAUGUGACAAGUCAGAGGCAACGCGAUUGCUCAAACAGUGCGCGACCUCCUGCGACGCCUGUCCCCAUCAGCACCAUCACCACGAUGCUGUUGAAGUCGAGGACUUGUGUAUCCCACCGCUGUACGAUCGAGCCGUGCACGAUCCGGAAGUGCCGUCGUUCAUCGCGUCCUAUGUUCCCAUUCCGCUGUGUUUUCACCAACCUCAAGCAUCUGAAGCAGUAGUUUGGUGGUAUAAAGUGCUCACGUUGGAGCAGUUAUCAGCCGUGCGAGCCAAACACAAGGACGAGUCCGUCAUGGUUGUGGGCGGGCUCACGUCCCGCGGCGUGUCCAAGUACUUCAACCAGACAGCCCCAUACAAUCGGCCGGUCUUGUCGAGUGUGCUUGUGGACAUUACGAGCAUUCCCGCGCUCACUGCGAUCGUUCCAGUGUCCGACACGAAUUGUUUGAGUGUGGGGGCGGCUGUGUCGCUCACGGCGUUGCUGGCGGCGUUGCGCCAGACUGCCAGCGACAAUCCGUACCUCGAGACCCUUGCGCACCACAUCUCCAAGGUGGCAAACCACCAAGUGCGGAAUGCAGCCACGUGGGCGGGGAAUCUAUCUCUCGCGCGCGCAUUUCCGUCGUUUCCGUCGGAUCUGGUCACGGGACUGUGGGGAUACGGCGCGUCUGUGACAGUGUUGGUCGCGUCCGACUCGCGUGCCAUGUCGAUCGACGCGUUCUUGGCGAUUCCAGUGACCCAGAAUCCGCUACUCGUGUCACUCGAGCUGCCCUUGUACCCGAUGUCGCCGCUUCGAACGUUCAAGUGCCACAAAGUCGCCCAGCGCAAAGAAAACUCGCACGCGCAUGUGAAUGCGGCCAUGAUGAUCGUCCGGAAUGCCCAGCAGGUGUGCACCCAAGCCCGGAUCGUGCUCAACGGCAUCGGCACCCAAGUGAUUCGAUGCCAUUUGACGGAGAAAGCGCUGAUCAAUCAACUUGUGACCGACCCCCUCACGUUGGACGCCUCUUUGGGCGCCCUCCACGCCGACAUGCCAUCGCAGCAGCAGCCUCUGGACCCGUUCAAAUGGGCGCUGGUGCAGUCGUGUUGGUACAAGACUAUGCUGGAGGUGGUGCCAACAUUGUCAUCAUCACGUUUGCGAUCUGGCAAAUUCGAACUGCCGCGUCACCUGUCGAGUGGCCGCCAAGUGAUUCCUUCGGUGCUUCCAGACGCCGAUUCCACGGCUCCAGUGGGGCUCGGCAUCCCCAAACUCAGCUCUAAGCUGCUGGCCACGGGCGAGGCCAAAUACGUGGCGGACGUUCCUCCGAUUCCAGGCAUGUUGUACGGCGCGCUAGUCUUCUCAACCCAAGCGUUGGCCAAUCUCGUUCAGCUCGACACACUCCGCGCCCGCCAAGUCGCCGGCGUCGUCGAUGUGGUCACCGCCGCCGACAUCCCCGGUACCAACGCCAUCGGCGACGGACUCGAGCCCCUGUUUGUGCCUCUGCAAGGCCAGGUGCUGUAUGUGGGGAUGGCCCUGGGGCUCGUACUCGCCACGUCGGCGUCCGUGGCGCAGCACGCGGCGGGGCUGGUCGUGGCAGAGUACACACCCCUACAAGACGAUCCAUUUUGGACGACUGACGCGCCCAUCACGACCGUGGCCAUGGCCAGAGCGGCGGGUACCCUCGUGCCAUCGACCCCCGACCAGCCAAACCCAAUUCCCAUGCCUGGAAACGACGACCACAUUGACGAAAAGAUUGCUACUGCCCCCAGGCAACUACAAGGCACAGUGUCGUUUGGGUCGCAACGCCAUUUUUACAUGGAGCCGCAAGCCUCGACCGUGUACCCAGACGAAGACCGAUGCUACCGCGUGGAGACGUCUACGCAGAAUCCGACGGGGGUGCAGGAGGCGGUCGCGGGUGUCCUCGGCGUGUCUCUGCAUGCCGUGGACGUCAAAAUGAAGCGCGCGGGCGGCGGUUUUGGCGGGAAACUCACGCGCUGUAACGUCAACGCCACGGCCGCCGCCAUCGCUGCCCACAAGCACGCCGUUGCGGUUCAAGUCGUGAACGACCGCAACACGGACUUUCGCAAUGUGGCGGGGCGAAAUGCUCUUGUGGGCGAGUACCACGUCGGCUUUGACGACGACGGACGCCUUUUGGCGUUGGAUUUGCAGUUUCAUUUUGCCAUGGGCGCGUAUUCCGGAGGGGACAACAAUGGCGAGUGUCUCAUGGCCAUCUUGUGGUCUGACGGAGCGUACCACGUGUCUUCGUUUCGGUCUCGAGGAUUCAUGUACUUGAGCAAUACGCCAACAUGUACGUCUGUACGGGCCCCAGGCGUCCCCAGCUCGGUCAUGCUGAUGGAAAUGGUCGUCGAACACAUCGCCCACACAUUGCAAUUGCCCCUCGAGUGGGUCCAAACUCGGAAUUUCGUGCGAGACCACCACAAGACCCCGUACGGCCAAGAGCUGAAAAAUGUAACGUUGGAUCGCAUUUGGCAGGGGUUGCAUGCGUCGGCGGACGUGGCGCGGCGCAAGGAGGCGGCCGUGUACUUUAACAGCCAAAACAAGUGGAAAAAGCGGGGGCUCGCGGUCACGCCUGUCAAGUACGGCAUUGCCAUCUCGGGCUUAAAGUACGGCGCGUCCGUGUCCAUCUUCCACGGCGACGGCACGGUGCUCGUGACCCACGGUGGGUGUGAGAUCGGACAGGGUAUUGACACCAAGGCGGCGCAGAUGGCUGCGUUUAUGCUGGGCAUUCCGCUGGCAAAGAUCAAACUGCAGCCGACGUCCACGGGGCUGAUUCCAAACAGCGACGCCACGGGGGGCUCGAGCACAUCCGAGUCCAUUGCCCGAUCUGUCCAGGCGGCGUGCCAGACGCUCAUCACUCGACUGAGUUCCGUACGAACCAAACUGCCAAAGGAUGCGACGUGGGGUCAAGUGGUCGCUGCUGCGCAUGCCGACGGCGUCCAGUUGUUUGCAAGUGAACAGCCCAACGUCGUGCCCCCCCCUCUUCAAGUGUUUGACUAUUUUGUGUACGCCGCCGCGUGCUCUGAGGUGGAAGUGGACAUAUUAACGGGCGAAGUCAACGUGUUGCGCACCGACAUCAUGUACGACUGCGGCAAGUCGUUCAAUCCGGUGAUCGAUAUUGGGCAGAUCGAGGGCGCGUUUGUGAUGGCUUUGGGGCUUUUCUUCCAAGAGAGCGUCGAGUACGACGCCGCCGGCCGCUUGCUUACGAGCGGGACAUGGGAGUACAAGGUGCCAUCGCACAAGGACAUCCCCGAGGUUCUCAACGUGACGCUGCUCGACAAGUCCGACAACCCCCGCGGGGUCAUGAGCUCCAAGGCGGUGGGCGAGCCCCCGUUCCAACUCGUCAAUUCGGUGUACUUUGCGCUGAAAAAUGCGCUGCAACACAGUCGGCUGGAGCGAAAUGUGACAGAGUUUUUCCAACUCGACAUGCCCGCCACGGUCGACAGACGCCUCCUGGCGGCAAAGGUGCAGCCCGCCGAGCUGCAAUUGUAGCUACAUUGGUUUGUGCGACGACGUUUUGUCGUCAAUACCCAUAUAUAAAGCAAAUAAAGAGUUAAUAGUUGCUGGUUUGCAGACAUCCACUUGGCGCUGGCCACUAUUAAUUCCAAAUGCAAGACUAUAAAACACAAUAACGAAGUGCGUUAUUUCUUCUUGAGCGCGUCCUUCUUGCCCUUGUCCCCCGCAGCCCCAAAAGACAGGUCAGCGUCCCCCCGUACGAUCGUGAAGCCAAAAUAAGCCGACGGCAUGCCCUGUGUGUCGAUGAUGCUGUCAAAUUGCAGAAAAUACUCGCCACAGGUGGUGGCUGCUUCCAUGGGCAACUGGAUGCUCGGUACAGUGGCAACCCCG